AUAACUUCUCAGGCAACAAGUAAUGGGGCCAGUAGAGGGUGGAACCUAUUUUCUCUUGAUAUGAUCUUAUUGUGUGAAUUUAGAUUUCACAACUAUAAUAAACGUGCAGUUAAACUUUGAUCUCUGCAUUUUUAGACUUUUUUACGUUGAUUGACGAUGUAAAAAGAUGCUUAAUUCUUAAAAGUAUUUUGUCUUUAAUCACUGUCUGACCUAUGUCGUCCUUUCACAGCUGAUUCAAGCAAAUGUUUUAACCAUUGAUGAACUGUUGGUGCAUAUUUGAACCAAGUGGAUGAAAAUGGUGAAAUUAGUACAUGCUUAUAAUGUUGGACUAGAUAGCAGUUAUAUACUAACAUCUCUGAUUCUUGAACUUUUAUUUGUAAGAAAAAAUACAUUAAUAUGGAUGACUACACACAACAAAUUCAAAAAGGAAUGGCAUUACCAGUGCAAAUAACUGUACACAUCCCUAUACUGUGUAUAUAUUAUAUACAUAUAUAUAAUAUAUACACAGUAUAGGGAUGUACUUUUAGUCUUUAUUUGUAGAGCACUUUUCUAAACCUGUUACAAACUGCUUUACACAAGACAAAAUAAAACAUCCAUGUCAUUAAAACAAGCAAUCAGAAAUACAAUUAAAGUGUCUUAGUGCAAAUAGACCAAAGGCAGCUGCUUGAACCCCAAUAAUUGCCGCUAGCGGUUGUAUUUAUUAUGGUAUUUAUGAUGUGUCAGCUCCCUCCUGUGCAGUAGGUGGCGGUAUGGCACUAAACGCUGGAGGAAGUCCGCCAUUGACCAAAGAAGAAGAAAAUAAACGGCGCGCUCGGCGUCUGAAUUUGAAUCACGGAAGGACUCGUUCGCUAAAAAUUUAACGAGACUGUCCGUGUUGGAAAGUAAUACACCGUUACUGGAGUAAGUUAGCUUUACUCAACUUCAGCUGCCAGUGACACCACAAUGGCUCAGGGUCAUAAAUUUCAAGACUUGGAGGAGACAGGGGAGGCGUUGGUGGCCCUCAUCAACAGCAGCCAAACGGAGAAACUGAGACGAAUGAAAGAUGAACAUCGGGUCCUUUUUGACCAGCACAUAGAAACGAAAAGGAUUUUGACACAGAUUUUAAGAGAAGAGGCUCAGAUUGAGGAGAGUGUGGGCCAGAGGCUGCUGAACAUGGAGGAGGAGAAGAAGCAGAGGGAGAAGGAGCUGAAGAGUCUGGAGGAGCAGCUGAGGCAGUGCAUAGCCAAGAGCCAGAUCACUGACUCAGAAUUACAUUUCCUGAAGGGAGAGUUGGAGAGUCUGAGAAACACUGAACACGAGCUGGAGACUCUUCAGAGCGAGGUGGAUGAAGACACCACAGAGGUUAUCCCUUCAGCAGUGUACGUGGCUCAGGUGUACUACAUAAUAACUAAGAUCAAGUGGGAAUAUGAUACACCACCCAACAUCCUAAAAGGAGUGCACUACGGCGCAGACCUGGCAACUCCCAUCAACAUCGACACCUCUAUGAGAUCUCGGAGUGACGUGAGCGACCAGCUGUGGGGUUUUGUCAACACUGAUUGGUAGAUGAAGGACAGUGGUGUUGUUAGAACUUAUGUGUACAUUAUGUAUUUGUUUGUAUGUUUUAUAUAACAUUUAAUAUCAUUUAACGAUUAAACGUCUCGGACCAGUGGCGUAGUACUUAUUCUCCAAUGUAUUUCAGCAUCAUGGAUUCAUCAGAGCAGGUGUAGUGUCAACAGGUCGGCCACUAGGUGCCACUGCUGAGCUGUUUAGUGAAAGCCCACAUGGUUUCUUUAGAGCGACAAACUGAGAUGAGACAGUGCAGAGAAACAGACUUUAAUGGAGUUUAUUCAGUAGUUUUUGACUCUGUUCCAUAUUUGUGUCUCUUGAUGACAAGACAGCCGUCUCCAUGACGACUCAACACACUCUGUUUGCUGAGGAAGCCAGUGUGGUUCAGCUGUUGAAAGCUUUAGAAAUGGGUUGUAGGUGGAUUAGUUAAACUGUUCUUGAGGCCAGUGGUUCCCAACCUUUUUAUCUGAUGGACCAUCACAGCUCUAUCAUGAGAUAGUGUCCCUCCAUCUCGUUAAUGGAUUAUAAACUGAGUUAUUAAUUAUAUAAAUAUGAAUAUCUUUACUGUAUUUUUUGAUACAGUCAAACCGUGUUGAGGUUAUUUUGCCUUUUGUAGUCAUACUAUUAGAGGCUGAACUGAACAGUUUCAACUGUUUAUUCAUGCAUUUAGCCAACUAUUUCAGCUAUUUUUAUUUUAUUUAUAUUAGGGGAUAAAUAAAAUUAUCUAUCUGUUUAUCCAUCCCUUUUAAAAAUUUAGAAGUUGUUGGGUUUUUUGGUCAUACUUUUUUCCAACCAUUUCAAAUGUUUAUUACUUUCUAAAUAAUGCUAAAUAUGUCAGCGGGUUUACUUUAGUGAGCUUAAUCCUUAUUUGAACAAUCCCAGUCGUCCAUCCUUACUUUUAACUUUCUGAUUCAUCAUUAGUUCAUUACUUUUAGAGAACCGCUCGGCACUGGUUAUUGUAAUCUCAAUUCAAAUCAUAUACAUUUUUGACCCUGUUUAUUUUUUGACCCUAACAUUAAUAUAUGGAGAUGUAUUUUUUAAUCAAAUUGCAAUUGCUGUUUUAGUUGAGUUUAGUCACGUUGAUAGAAAAGAUUGAGGAUGGUUAACACUAAACAAGUUUUUAUUGAUUGGCAUUAUCGUCUGUUACUGAUGUGUUUAGAAAUCAUCUUGCACCAGUGCACCACUGCUGUGCAGCUGUCCCAUGUGAAACAUUACAUUAGGUAAAGUUCAGACAUGGUGUUGAUGAAUGAGUAAAAUAAAAAAAAAAAAUGACAUAGUGAUGCAUCUGCAAUGAGAAAAGAUGCUGAGGCAUAAUCAUUUAUCCAGGCGACAAUCAUAGUGCCCACGCUUACGCUAUAUCUGUUGAAUUGUUAUUCACCCGUACUUCACUGCCUUAAUGAGAACUGAAACUUUCUCCUUCUCUGAAAAGGAGUCGUGGCUGUGUACCACUGCAGCGCAGUGGGUGGUGGGCAGGAUGACGAACGGUGCUGAGGAGGCUCACACUGUCAUAUACCAGAACUUGUAAGAACCACGCAGCCAUAUGUGGUUUCCUUACGAUAAACAAACUGAAGGUGACAGCUUUGUUUCUGCAUCUUCAUCUGUUCUUCUGCACAUUAAAUAUUAAGUGGUUUCACAGGUGGUUUUCUAUGGAGGUGGGGGUUUGUUUGUUAAGAUCGAGCUCUUAUCUGUUUGUAUCACUCCUGUUACUGCGUUGGCAACUGAGGUUUCAGUUUGGACUCUUCAGUAUUAUUACUCAACAUAUUUAUUUGAGCGUUACUUCGCUGCCGCUUGGAUUUUACUCGCACUUGAUCUCCAAUAGGACACGAUUUAUUGCAGGGCCAUUGGACCACAUUUGAUUUGCAUUUGUUUCUAUUUUCUGAUUAUAUAUUUAUUUACAUAGAUGUCAAUUUUUUAAUAUGUAACAACA